GUAAGAUCUUCGAAUUUUUGCGAGUUCGCACAGUACGAGUGGAACAACCAUGGAGGACGAAGCUGUAGAGCAAAUCGAGGCCGGAGCUAUGGCAGUAGAGCCGAAAAUCGAACAUAUAAUAAAAUCGGAAAAUGACAAUAAAUCAUACAGAGGAUUAACAGUUAAUCAAAUAAAGGUGCUUUUAAUAAGCGAUCCAACGACUGAGAAGAGUGCCGUAGCAUUGGAUGUUAAUAUUGGCUCUAUCCUUGAUCCGGAUAAUAUGUCAGGAUUAGCGCAAUUACUGCAACAAAUGUUAUAUUUAACGAAAGUGAACGUUAACCAGCAGUACUUUAGAAAUUCGGUAGAGAAUAAUAAUGGCAAGAUAGAGGGUGAAGUAAAUGAAGACCAUAGCACCUAUUAUUUUGAUAUAUCUCCGACCGAGAGGUUCCAAUUCAAAAAUGCUUUAAAGACGUUUGCUGCUUUUUCCCAGUCUUCCCCAACAUCGUCGACAUAGACUAUUAAAAAAUGCAAUAAAUGGCAUGCGCGAAGUGAGAAACCUAACGAGAAACCUAAUGGAACAAAUAAUAUAGAGGCAUUGACUCAAUUGUUUAAAUGGACCAUAAACUGCGAUCAUUUGAUGUCGAAGCGCGGCUACGAUGUUACACACGCAACAAACGAAGAUUAUCUUACAAUAAUAGAUCAACUGGUUAUGUUCUAUGAAAGUUAUUAUUACGCUCAUAAUAUGUCACUGUGCGUCUAUAGUAAAGAUAGUUUAAAUGAACUUCAAGAAUGGGUAAUAGAGAGCUUCUCUAACAUAAGAUCAAAAGAUGCUGCAAUUGUUCCUCAUAUGAAACUGUACCAUUGGCAUCCAGUUGACUUUACAUCUGCGUAUAAAAUAUGGUGUGCUCCAUACAACCAAAAUUCACCGUAUACAAGAUUAUAUAUUAUAUUUCCUACAGAGGAAUUUAAAAAUUGUCGAUAUACGAUUGCGCUAGAACAUUUUUUCGCCUAUUUAUUCAAAUAUAAUGGCAAAGAAUCAUUUCUAUCAGUUUUAAAGACUAAAGGUUGGGGUUGUUCCAUGGAAGUUAAAAAUCUCUUCGCUUCUAUAUGUUGUAUCAUUUUCAAUAUUGGUAUUGAUCUAACUGACGAAGGUCUUAAGCAUAUCGAUGAUAUCAUGACAUUGUUUAUUCAAUAUGUUAAAAUGUUGAAGGAAUACGACGACAACAAACUCAGGAAGAUAUAUAAUGAAUAUCAAGAAAUCAAUGAAUUACAAUUUCAUCGUCCAGUUUUUGAAGAGAAAACAUCUAUUGAAAAUGUGAAAAUCAUUUCCAAAGAGUUGCAUUAUACAAUGAAUAUAAAAGAUAUUUUGCGUCUAAAACAUGUUCCCAUCGUCAAUUCCGAGCGGAUUAUUAAAGAUGUAAUAAACAAUUUCUUAACGUCGCAAUGUUUGAGGAUUUAUAUAAUUGCGAAAGAGUACAACAAUUGUACAGAGGAGUUGGAACCUUGGUGUAGUUAUAAAUAUAAGAAAGAAGAAAUAUCGACGAGAACAUUGUCUAAUUGGAUGAAUAAUCAAUGUGCGAAAUUGAGUUUACCCGCUUACAAUCAAUUUAUACCAACAAAGUUUAACAUAAAACCAGACGAAGAUAAUGUCGAAGAAAAGAAUCCUACCAUUAUAUGGAACACAGAAUUCGUAAGACUUUGGUAUAAGAAAGAUGAUGAGUUUAACGAACCGAAAGCCAUCAUGCACUUUCAUUUUAUCUCUCCAACCGCUUAUGAGAAUUCUUUUAAUGCUAAUUUAAUGAAUCUAUUUAUACGGCUUAUUAACAAUUCUCUCAGUGAGUAUUUAUAUCCUGCUGCUUUAGUUGACUUGAAAUGUAAAAUUUUCGCUACUAUAUAUGGAAUGCAACUUGAUAUAUUUGGUUAUGAUGACAAGCAAUAUAUAUUGUUGGAAAAAAUUGUCAACCGUAUACUAAAUUUUCAAUUAAGUCCGGAGAAUUUCGAAAUUCAUAGGAAAAAUCAUAUACAGUCUUGCGCAAAGCAGUUAACACUGUUCGCAAAUGAACCAACAUGUAAUCAAGCAAACUACUAUCUUUCAAUGCUGCUAAACAAUUAUUUGUUGGCUCGAGAUGAAAUAUUAACACUAAGAGAAGAAAUUACUUUUAAAAGAGUCCAACAGUUCAAAUCAGAUUUAUUCAGUUCGAUGUAUGUGGAAUGCUUAAUAUAUGGUAAUAAAACUAGAGCAGAAGCUUUAGAGAUAGCUCAUCUUAUUGACAACAAAUUGUCAGAUGGCAUACCAUUGAAAAUGCCAUUCCAUGAAAUGCACCGUGAUUUUAAAUGUGAACUGCGACAUAAUAUAAAAUUUAAUAAAAUAAGAGAUGGUUAUCUUAUAUUAACUGAAGAAAAAGUUUCUUGAAAGCUUUGUACAGCUCUUUUACGAAAUUGGUAAGCGAACGAUACAAUCAGAUGUGUUGUUACAUCUCAUAACACAAAUAAUUUAUGAACCUCUUAAUAAGUUAAGAGGCGAGAAAUGUGGAGCGAUGUACUAGAUACUGAUGUAUACACAUCAAAUCAAAUACAAGGUUUGAAAAUCUUAAUUAUACAUUUAAGAUUGGCUGAUGAUGAAAUAAUUGAACAAAUUGAAAACUGCCAUGAACAAUUUUAUAAAGGAAUUCAUAAGUCAAAAUGUUGAAGAAGAGUUUCAGCAGAACAAACAAUUAUUGGCUGAUUCAUAUAACGAAAAUAAACCGAAAACGCUUUAUAACGCAUCUAACUGCUUUCUGGGCUGAGAUUUUGAAUCAAGAAUAUAAGUUCAAUCGAAUCGAUGAUCAAUUAAAUGAAUUGGAAAAAACUACGAAGAACGAUUUAUGUACAUUUUUCGAGGUAAUUAUUAUAUAACUUUUCUUAUGUGUAUAUAACAAACUGUUAUAUUAUCGAAAAAAUAAUGAUUCUUCUCUAUCAUGCUUUUUAUGGGAAAAUAAG